AUGAAUAUUGAUAUUCAUUUAGAAGUCUUAGACGAAUAUCAAAAAGGGGACAUGCAUUCGAAGAAGGAAGACUUUUUGGAAUUUUUGGUUCAAGAAUUUAUGGGAAGCAAUUUUAAGGAAGGAGAGAAUGCUCCUAAGGAACAGGUUCCAAGUUCAGAUUCCGGGUUUACGGAGGAAGACUUUGUUCCAAAGGAAGGUGUUCCUAUGGAACAGGUUCCAAGUUCAGAUUCCGGCUUUAAGGUUUCAGAUUUCGGGUUUAGGGAGGAAAGACUUUGUUCCUAA